CAGCAGAGGGCGCUCCACUUUAAACCAGGCUGCUGUCGGGCUGUGACGUACAAUACGGGAAACAAAAUCCUCACCAGUAACUUUGUCAGUGGCGAUUUAGACUUGAAAUCGACUUGCUCGUAGCAUCUUAGUUUCCUCAAUCAUGAUGCAGUUUUUGGUCGGGUUCACUUUGGGUAACGUGGUCGGAAUGUACCUGGCCCAGAACUAUGAGGUACCCAACAUUUCGAAGAGGAUUGAAGAGUUCAAGAAGGAUGUGGAGGCCAAGAAGAAGCCCCCGGAGUGAGCCACAGCGGGUGGGGACGAGGAGGAGGAGGAGGAGGAGGAGGGGGGGGGGGGUGGUGUGUGAUCUGAUGGGACACAUCAUCCUGAUUCAUAUGAGAGUGUUUUGUAAGGACUUCCUGAUUUAUAUGAGGGUUUGUACAGACUGAGGAAUACCAUGACAACCAUCAUGCUCCUGGGAGUGCAAUGACAACCAUCAUCCUCCUCAGGACACCAUGACGACCAUCAUGCUCCUCAGGAUACCAUGACAACCAUCAUGCUCCUCAGGAUACCAUGACAACCAUCAUGCUCCUCAGGAUACCAUGACAACCAUCAUGCUCCUCAGGACACCAUGGCAACCAUCAUGUUCCUGGGUUCUGUGUGUGUGUGUGUCUGUGCGUGUGCGUGUGCGUGUGCGUGUGCGUGUGUGUGUGUGUCCAGCAUAGCCUCCUCUGAGGGGGUGGGCACCUCUUACUGGUCAUGAGACACAGAUCAUCAUGUAGUCACAGGCAUCCCAAACACAAAAGCACUACCAAGCUCUAAUGGCAUGGGGCUGAUUUCUUUACAUAAACACACAUAUAUAAAUAUAAACACACACAUCUAAAUAUAAGCGUGUGGCGUUGCACAUAUAUAAAUAUAAGCGUGUGGCUUGGCUCAUAUAUAAAUAUAAGCGUGUGGCGUUGCACAUAUAUAAAUAUAAGUGUGUGGGGUCGCAUUGCAAUGUGUGUUCUAUAGAUUAGUUUGUGGAAUCUAUCCUUUGACAUUGGGUUAGGGUUAUAUAAUACUCUUAAGGUUAUAUAAUUCUCUAACCCAUCCUUGGAUAUUGGCCUUUGCACUGGAACUACAUCAAACUGGAGAGAGAGAGAGGGGGGGGGGUACUUGGCUUUCCUGCGUGUCGAAGGCCUGAUGUGCUUUUAUUAAACUGGAUCCUUCCUUCA